UGGAGGCUCAGAGUUGUCCUCAGGUAGUAAGAGAGGUUAGGAUUCAAGCUUUGUUUGGAGAGUUGCAGAAGGAUGUGUUUGCGAGGGUAUAAUAACCCAUUUCUCCAAAUUCCAGUCAGGAAGUUAUGGUCCAAAUUAUCAAAAGUGGUUCUAUCUAAACGAAUUUAAAGACUGGGCUUUCUUCUGCAGUAACUUUGGAAGGAUUGAGCAAGCCCACAUGUUAACAGUAAUCGAGAAUAAAGUUGAUUCUAUCAUCCUAGAUAAUGAUUCAGUAUUGAAGAACAAAGGAAAAUAUGUAGUAAAGUUUCUAGAGCGAGCCUUUCCAAAGAAGCUCAAGGAGUUCUCUCUUGAUUCUCGGUACUCUCAGGAUUUAAUAGCUCUCAAGAAGUUCAGAAGUUACUCUCAAGCUCUCUGUAGGAAUUUCUGAAGAAUUAGUGAGAAACUAGAAAUUGUAGGAUUUGUCAUUACAAGACAAGAUUUCUGAAGAAUCAUAUCCAAUUGUUCCCACCUAAAAUCAAUAUCUAUAAAAUACUGAAGGAUAGAUUCAGAAGGAUGUAAAUUUAUCAGUUCUAAAGACUACAAAGUUCAAUCUCUUUGUCUUACAGGGUGAGGUCAGACCUCAUGCAGCAACUGGGGAGAAUACCAGUAUCGGUUCAGUAGUAUUCUCCAAGCUAUCUCUGAAUGAUCGUUGAAAACAACUCUGAAGAGUUUGGUCUGCUACGAUUCCUUAAUCACAGAGGAAGAGAUGCUCUACAGCAUCCAAAAACACAAGUUUAAAGGACUCACAGUACAAGGACAAUAUACAGCCAUUGCACCUAUACAGAAGAGGAAAGGCUAUAUGACUCAUUUCAAGAAAACUUCUUGCUAUCUUUUCCAGACAUAG